UCAAUUCAAAAAUAAUUCGAAAUUGGAAUAUACGAAAAAUUGAAUUGUUAGUACUUUUCGCGCCAACAGCGGCCAUUUUUGUUCUAUAUUCUACGGACCUCUCACUCAUCCAUAAAAGAGUGAUUGUUGACAAGCGUGAAUUGCGUCGCGUCGUAAUUCGUUCGGCAUUGUUAGUUAUCAAGAAUUUAAUUGGCGAACAAAUAAACUUGAUUCAACACAAGAUGUAUUUCGUUGUUUUUUGGAAUAAAACGUCUGCAAUCGUACCUGCAUCAUGGGUAGAUUCAGAAUCUCGAACUUUUAAGUGGCCGAAAACAAAAAAUCCUACCUUACUCAUUAUUCGAGCUGAUAACCCUAAAGAUAAUUGGAUCACUUAUAAUUAUGUUCGACUCUGCGGUCCAUUUGAGGCAUAUGACGAAGCGCGUGAUUUCGAAUUAGAUGCCCUAAAUCUGUCUACAAAUGAUGAUGAAGGUUUUGCUGCUAUUAAAACAAAUAAAAAAUUAGAAAUGGUAGAGAAAGGAAAAAGAAACUGCAAUAAACCUUUACGCUAUUGUGAUACAGAAGACGAAUCGACGCCUAUGCAAAAAAAAACUAAAAGUAGAAAAAGGAAAAUAUCAUCGUCAAGUUCUUCUGAAAAUGAGGAUAGCGGAACAAAUAAUAUACGAAUGCCACCUGCCACGUAUGUGAGCCAUAAGGAUCAGCAACCACCACCAACAUUUAAAACUCCUAUAGCAUCUCAUCAUAGUACUAGUGAAAAUCAAGUCAAGAGUUCACAUUCAACUUAUAAAUCUAUGACCUCUUUUGACAAUACCGAUGAGAAUAAUACUGAUAAUGAUUUAGUUGGGAUUCCGCCUGCAAGUUUUUCACAAGAUCCUGAUUCUUUUUGGAAGGAUGGUGCUCAGUCUCCUCGUUUAAAUAAUGACACCGACGGUAUUGAUAAGAAGUAUCAAGAAAUCCAGUAA